AUGAUGUUUGCUUCGGACCCGGCCAACUUGGGCGUCGUCGGUGGGCCGAUUGCUAGAGCUGAGGACUACUUAGUGAUGAUGGAGGUUUUCGACAAGGUGUCCCCAGAAGAGCUGAUUAAAAGUGUGGGCUCCUAUUCGGGUGGUGUUCUAGUAGAAGACAAAGAGGUUAUCGAUGUUUCUAAUUAA